AUGGCAAUUUAUCCCAAUGGACGAACCGGAGAGGGUUAUGCCAGAGUUCAGAGGGCCGACGAGGCCCGCAGUCUCUACAUUUAUCUUGUCGGUAGUCCCAUCGAGGGGCGGAGAGUUCGCGUACACCUCUGGGAUAUUAGCUGCCCCGACGCCCGCUUCGUUCGAUGCAACUGCGAAGACGGAACUUCCCCGCAUACUGCGCAGGGACUCGAGGUAACACGCAUAGCAGGCUCCUCUGGCUGGCAGAUCGUUCCACCCGAUGCACCAAUGCAGCAACCGCAGGCUCCUUACCCUUCGUAUUCGCUCUAUCAGUCUGCCGUGGCUCCGUCCCAUCGAACAGCAACCAAUGGUUCGCAUACGUCUCCCUUCCCUCCGGGGUCACUGGCCCAAACGAUGUCCGAUGUGCAAUUGAGCCAACCAAGUCCUCAUCACGCUGCCAAUCUAUACGCGCAAUGCUAUCCCACAACGCCGACAUAUCAUCAUCAACCAUCUCGGGCGGCGUGGAGAGCACACCAAGCAGCCAAUAGCCAGCCGUAUUCACCUACACCUUACGCAAUAUCAUCCACAGGUACACCGAUCAACGUUGUCAACGGGACCGUCCGCACUGAGGCCCGUGGAGUGUUCGUAAGUGGUCUCAAGUUUGGAGCGCAAGGCAAGGACGUCGAGGCGUUGUUCAGUCGAGCUGGGCGCGUGGUAAAAUGCGAGAUGCAGAAAGACGCCUCGACAAGGAGGCCGAAAGGCAGCGCUACCAUACUAUUCGCCUCCGCGGUGGAGGCACGGCAGGCUAUCGAGCUCUUCCAUCGCAAGACCUACAUGAACAUGACACUGCUUGUCAGGGAAGACAAAGAGCGGACAGCAAUUAGCCCGCCAAUCGCCUCGCAAGCGAGCCGAAGCAGUGAGCCAGUGAUAGUCAAUGGUUCUCAGGUGCAUAUGAAGCAGGCUUGA